AUGAAUGACAUCGCAGUGAUGGAUUCUACUGAUGGUGUGAUUAACGAAUACACCAAACUCCAUGCUUCGAAUGUGAUUGCCGCUGAGGUUCCUAGGGGAGGAGGAGACCAAGUACUGAUAGGCACAGGCACCGCCACCAUUCCCAAUGAAAUUUUUAACCUCGUCAAAAACAUCAUUGGUGCUGGUGUCUUUUCCUUGCCCGCUGGAAUUGCCGCCUUUGGGAAUAACCCGGGGGCACUACUGCCGGCUUGUUUGUUUGUGACGCUCAUGGGCGUCAUUUCGGCCUAUACCUUUUCACUCGUGGCCCAAGUGUGUCAGAAAACGGGUGCCUCGUCGUAUGCCGAAGCCUGGGAUUUGACCUGCGGCCGUCAAUCGAGUUGGGUCAUUGCGGCCUCCUCUGCUUUUAGUUGCAUGGCUCUGAAUUUGGCGUAUUCCAUGAUUUUGGCCGAUACCUUGCGAGCUUUGUUGGGUACGAUUGGUGUCACUGCGAGUCGGAAUAUGGUAAUGGGAGUCUUGACGUGCACGAUUCUCUUCCCACUGUCUUUGAUCAAGAAUUUGUCGUCGUUGGCACCCUUUUCGAUUGUCGGAGUGAUAGGAUCGGCCUAUACAGGAGUGGCCAUUGCCAUUCGAUUCUUUGGGGGCAGUUAUGCGAAAGGAGGCAAGUUUGUAAAUGACUUGACUGUGAAACCAGCUUUUGGAGCGAUUGGAGCCAAGGGAGCGUUGUCGGCCAAGGCACUCAUUUUGAUCAGCAUGUUGUCGACCGCAUACAUUGCUCAUUUCAACGCACCCAAGUUCUUUAAAGAGUUGAAGAACAAUACCUUGGAGAGAUUCAACAUGGUCACGUCAGCCUCGUUUGGAAUAUCAAUCGCCUUUUAUUGCAUCGUCUCCAGUUUGGCGUUUUUGACCUUUGGAUCGAAUUGUGCGUCCAUGGUCUUGGACUCUUACUCGAGCAAGGAUUCAUUGUUGCUGGCUGGUCGAUUUGCUGUGGCAGUAUCCUUGAUCUUUUCGUAUCCGCUCAUGUUUCAAGGCAGUCGGGACGGUCUUUUGGACUUGGUACGGGUCCCCGAAGAAAAACGAACGAACGGACUCUUGAACAAGUUGACCUUGGUUUUGGUGGCGGCAAUUACCUAUGUUGCCUCGCAAGUCACAGACUUGACCUUUGUGCUUAGUAUGUCGGGUGCCUUGUUGGGAACGUCGUUGAUUUUCAUCUUUCCCACCCUAAUGUUCCGAGGUGCCAUGCGAGGAGAUCCCACGAAGAAAUGGGAGAAUCGACUAUGCUCUGUGAUCGCUUCACUGGGCGGGGCCAUUGCAAUGAUUGGUGCCAACAUGUCGCUACAAGCGGCAUUAUAA